CCCCCUGUGCAGAGCCAGAGGGAUGGUGGUAGUCACGGGGCGGGAGCCAGACAGCCGUCGCCCGGCCGGUGCCAUGUCCAGCUCCGACGCCGAGGACGACUUUCUGGAGCCAGCCACCCCGACGGCCACGCAGGCGGGGCACGCGCUGCCGCUGCUGCCCCAAGAGUUCCCUGAGGUGGUCCCGCUCAACAUUGGAGGGGCCCACUUCACCACGCGCCUGUCCACCCUGCGGCGCUACGAAGACACCAUGCUGGCUGCCAUGUUCAGCGGGCGGCACUACAUCCCCACCGACGCCGAGGGCCGGUACUUCAUCGACCGCGACGGCACCUACUUUGGGGACGUGCUGAACUUCCUGCGCUCGGGGGACCUGCCGCAGCGGCAGCGGGUGCGGGCCGUGUACAAGGAGGCGCAGUACUACGCCAUCGGCGCGCUCCUGGAGCAGCUGGAGAACAUGCAGCCGCUGAAGGGCGAGAAGGUGCGCCAGGCGUUCCUGGGCCUCAUGCCCUACUACAAAGGUGCAUCACAGAUCAUCGGGACUCCCCUGCCCCGCCCCACUACCCAACCUCCCCGGGUGCCCACUGCGUUUGCCCCCACAGACCACCUGGAGCGGAUCGUGGAGAUCGCCCGGCUGCGUGCCGUGCAGCGCAAGGCCCGCUUCGCCAAGCUCAAGGUCUGCAUCUUCAAGGAGGAGAUGCCCAUCACGCCCUACGAGUGCCCGCUGCUCAGCUCCCUGCGCUUCGAGCGGAGCGACAGUGACGGGCAGCUCUUUGAGCACCACUGCGAGGUGGACGUGUCCUUCGGGCCCUGGGAGGCCGUGGCCGAUGUCUACGACCUGCUGCACUGCCUGGUGACGGACCUGUCAGCCCAGGGUCUCAUGGUGGACCACCAGUGCAUCGGGGUGUGCGACAAGCACCUGGUCAACCACUAUUACUGCAAGCGGCCCAUCUACGAGUUCAAGAUCACGUGGUGGUGAGUAGCCUGGCCUGAGCAGAGGCUUCCAGCAGGAGCCGGGGGCCCCUGGGCGGUGCCGGGGUCAGGUUUCUGCAGGGGUCACUUCCAGCAUGCCCCUCAGCCCUGGACCUGCUGAGGGCAGCACAGCCGCCAUUCCCCCGUAGCACCCCAGAGGCCAGCUGGCAGGGUUCUGGGGACCUACACUCCCCAAGUCCAACUUCGAGGCCUGGCCCUCCGAGCUGGUAGCUGAUGGGGUCUCCAAGGGUUGGACCCGGAAGUCCAGAGAAUCACUGUCCUCCUGAGUCUCGGACCCUCACGGAGGCACAUAGCCAAAUUAGGGUAGGCUCAGCACAUCCCCUACUGUCCUUCCUGCCCACAGCUAUGGUGGGAGUGGGGGGUGCCCCAGCCCCCAGCCUUUCCCAACUGAACACAGGAGCACCCCUCUCCAACUAUGGGAAGAUGUGGACUGCCCACCUGGUCCCCCUUCCCAGAGCGCAACCCUCACUAUCUUGGGGAGAUGUCACUGUAGUUGCCACAGCGGAGGACCACUUUGGCCUUAGAUCGCCACCACGUUUACAGCCCGCCCUGGGGGCUCACUGCUCCCCACCUACCUCCUUCCUUGCUUGGGCAGGAGGGGUGUCUGUGUUAACCUUCUUCCAGAGGAAAGCUGAGAUCCAAGCCUCCCUGCGGAGAGUCCGCGGUUUGCAGGCAGGACGCCUAGAUCUUUCUCUUCUUAGAGGUGCAGCCGCCUCCUGGGCUGCCGGCCAGUCGUGGGGUGAACCCCCUUUCUAUCCCCCAGUGGGUGUUCACUCUGCUCUGAGCAGCAAAGGAGGGGCCAGGCAGCAGCCCCAGAUGAUGAAUGCCCCUGUGUGCUGCUCCUGCCGCCCACAGGGAGACCCCCGCCUGCCCGCUGCAGCCCAGUGGACGGGCAGGCAGGCGGUCUUUCAGGCAGGCACGAGUCAGAAUGCACCAGCUCUGACCCUGAGACCUCCCUCAGGAGUGUUGGCUCCUUCCCCAGUUCUCCAAGGGAUGUCUUCAGAAGCUGAUGGUGUGUGGGUUAAGCUUAGGCCUGCGAACAGAUAGGUGAGCAGUUCAAACCCACCAGCCGACCUGUAAGAGAAAGGUGAGGCAACCUGCUUCUACUCAACAGUCACAGCCUUGGAAACCCUGGGCCAGAUCUAGCCUGUCCCGCAGGGGCCCUCCUCCGGAGUGGGGUUUAGAGAAUUGCUGAGGGCAUGCACUUGGGUCUCACAGGAGCAGACUAGGAAGUAGAGGCAAGGGCUGGCUGCCGAAGAGAGAGAGCCAGGUUCCAGGCUCGGGCCACCUACCUUCUGGGACUGGUGACCAAUGCCCUGGUGCCUGGGG